AUGGCCGGCCAGCUGGCCAGCAGGGUCCCUCUUGGGGCGGGCAGGCAGUAUAAAACGCUCCGCUCCCCGGGGCGCCGCUCAGAGCUGGGCAGCAACAGCUACAGCCGCCACAGCAGGGGGAGGAGCGCGAGCCGGGCAGGAGCGGGAGUGGGAGGCGAGGCAGCAGAGGCGCAGAGAGGCGCACGGAGGGACAGGGGCAGCCCGUGCGCGAGCUGCCCGCUCGCCUAUGCAGGUGAGAGCGGUCGCCGGGUGCCCGGCUUGCGAGUGAGCGACCCCGCGGAGCGCCUGGGCAUCGCGGCAGGUCUGACAGUCCGUCAGUCGGCGAAGAAGCUCCCGGGAAGGACAGGGCGCCUCUGGGGAGGAAACCACUGCCAGGCUGGCCCCUCCAGUAACCCAUCACAUGCUGAUGAGAGUACUGGGCUGCAAACAGGGUUCCGGAUUCAAGAGAUGAGCUCUCUGGUCUGUCCAAAGCCAGGUAUAAAAGAGCGGACAGCUGAGACCCUUCUUCAGUACUCUGGGGAGGGCAUGAAUGGGAACAGCGCCCCUGAGGUACCCUGUUUGACCUCAUCGGGACUCCCAGACUCACCUGCAGUGUCCUCUUCCUCACAGACAUCCCUCAUCACCUUGCACACACAGUCCCCCUUACUGGCCAGCAUGCAGCUACAGAAACUUAAUAGCCAGUACCAGGAGGUAUCUGGCACAGAACCUCCAGAGGAGGAAACACCCACUCCAACCUUUCCUGUGGGGGGUAGUCAGCCCGAGGAGUCACAGACUGCCUCCACUGAGGCCAAUGACUCCAUUCUCAUUGAUUUGGACCUCGUAGAUGAGGAGGUGCUCAUGUCCCUGGUGGUAGAGCUGGGUUUGGACCAAGCUGGUGAGCUGCCUGAGCUCUGGCUGGGCCAGGAUGAGUUUGACUUCGUAACAGACUUGCCCCCCAGCUAAGGCCAUAUGCACCCCAGGGGGAAAAGGGGGAGUCACGCACACUCUAGGGGUAGGGGGGGUGGGGGGAGGGAAGUGGGCCCCAGCUUAGCUGGCUCCCUUGUAAGCUCUUGUGCCCUGUGAUCUCUUGUAAAUACCAAUAAAAAGGUUUUGCCCCAGUGGCAUGGCUGCGGGGACAGAGCUCUUGCUAGCCAACUCUCUCAAA